CUUGUUUAUAUACAAUUUAAUUUCCCCUCGAAAUCAAGUACAUAUUACAUCAUCUUCAUCUUCAUCUUCAUCUUCAUCUUCUUCUCUAAUGGAUAUCUUUCCAUCUAGUUUUUGGGUUAUGUUAUACCAUUGGGAACCUUCAAUUUCUCUACUUCUAAGUUUAUGUAUGCAGCUAGCUCUACUUCCAAUGGGGUUGAUGAGAAAACGCACUUCAAACCAAUUCCUUCGCUUGUUUCUCUUAUUUGCAUACUCUUUUGCUGAUUGGAUAACCAGUUUUUCAUUCGGCAUACUCGUCGAAAAAUAUGGUAGUGGUUGUUACGACGAAUUUACAGACCCCACAUACAUCAUUAGAGCCUUGUUAGCUCCAUUUUUACUACUUCAUUUAGGCGGCUCCGACACGAUCACUGCUUACUCAAUGGAAGACAAAGAACUAUGGCUCAGAACUCUUCUUCCAAUGCUGGAUCAACUUCUUGCUUCGUUUUACCUCUUCUUGCUAGCUCUUCAACCCACUUCUUUGAAAUAUGUAGCAAUUCCUAUUUUUGUUGCUGGGAUAAUCAAGUAUGGUGAGAAGAUAUGGGCUUUGAGAACUGCUUCCGCCGAACGUUUGCGAGAUUUUGUUGCAGUUUCAACUCCUUCUACAAUCAUUACCCAUGAUCAAGAGGAGCUGAAAGAUGUUCAAAUGCUACACACUGCUUACCACUUUUUCAACAAAGACAAACGUAUGUUUGUAGGUUUAGGUCCGACCUCUUUUGAUCGUCAUCAAAACGGCCUUUCCUAUUAUGAAGAAUUUAACUCUAAAUUGCCUUUCAAAAUCAUUGAGCUUGAGCUUGGGUUUAUGUAUGAUUUCUUUUACACAAAAACCUCCAUCAACCAUUCUCGUCGUGGUCUUCUUUUUCUCCUCAUUACCUUUUCUUCUCUUGUCAUUGCCAUUGUCACCUAUUGUAUGAUUGAUAAGCAGCCUAAGGACACAAGUGAACAUGUCCUUGAAUUAUUGCAAGACAAGAAAUUAGGUAGGAAGAGUAGUAUGUUGAAGAAUAUGGAGUUGAAGAUUGAGGUUAAUAAUGUUGAGAAAGAGCAAAGGAAUAAUAAGUCAAUGUUGUUAGACGGUUGUAGGCUUGCAAGGCAGCUUGAAGAGAUAGAAGAGUCAAAGAAAUGGGAGAUAAUAGGGAAUGUGUGGAUGGAGUUGCUUGGACGUAUUUCAUGUGAAUGUGAAUGGUAUGAUCAUGCUAAACAUCUUACACAAGGAGGGAAUUUGCUAACUCGUGUAUGGAUUUUGAUGCAUCACCUUGGAUACGUCAAACCAUCCAACGUAUUCACUAUGGAAGAAGAUCAACCCCUUCUAGACCAUGAAAUCCUACCUGAUUAUGUGUUGGAACAAAUGUUUGAUGUUAUAUUCAAUAUUGUCUCGCUCUAAAUUCAAAUUCCCUAAUUAAUUUAUAUUGUGAGUUAGCAAAUUUAUAGAUUAGAUUUUUAUUCGAACUAUUGGAUUUGUUUUUUAAAAUU